CAUGUCAUUUUCCUCGUGUUUGUCAACAACACAGGCCCCGAAGUUAUCUCGCCCCAGUCAAUCAUGAGUCAAUCAUCUUGCCCUAGUUAGUCCCAUCUCGAGAUGAUUUGUUAAUGACGUUUCUAGAAAAUAUCGAAUAAAAUUAUCCGAACCUCAAAAAUAUAAAUCAAGAUUCUCCAAAGUGCAAUAAAUUCGUACCAACCUGUUGAUUAUAAAGGAUUAUAACUAGUUCCAUGAAAAAUAAAAACUCAACAAUUAACAGGAACAAGGAACAAGUUGUGUAAUUACAACAUUGACGAUUCUAGUGCAUAUGUUUUAGAGAAAUUUGAUAAAACAGUCCUUUUUCAUAUACUUAACUUGGGUAGUUUUAAAAAAAUGUAAUAAGGUUAUUGUCGGACAAAAUAUUUUGGCGAAUGGCAUUUUUAACAAUGGAAAUUGAACCUACACCAUCUACUUCUAAAUACAAUGAGAAAAUUGAGAAAGUGCUCCAGAAGUUUCUGAAACCAAAUUUUGUUGUUAAGAAUGAUGUGUAUUUAAAUUUGUUCUUAACACAUUUGAUUGGUAAAGAAAACAACAAGAAAUUAAUUUACAAUAAACAACUGAAUGAACAAUGUUCUCAAUGGAUUAUUCAAGCAUAUCACUUAUGGGAUAAAGACAAAAAUAAACCAUCAAUUCCAAUUUUAUCAUUGGUAUUAAAUUUGGCCAGUCAUUUAAGUACCGAUGAACAAGUGUUUGUUCGGCUCAAUAGCCAGAAUGUAUAUGAAAGCAUUGUUGCUAUUGCACAAGAAAAUGGUAAUGAAGCCCCUGCAGCAAUUGUAGGUUAUAUUACACUUGUAUGUUCAUUUUUGGAACAUAAAAGUGGCCUUCAAUGGGUUUUAGCGACAAACUACUGGACUGAAAUAGUGGAUUUGGGAUUAAAAGCUCACACAUUGUAUAUUCGUCAGAAAGCAUAUGAAUUUGUGAUUAAACUACUUCAGAAAACAGUGAAAUUUAAUAAAAGUUUCUGUACAAAUUUAAUAAAACUAUUAAUAAAACCCUUAACAGAUGCUCUAAAUAGCUCUUUGAAGAAUAUUGAAAAUGUAAACACUGAAGUAGUCAAUAAAGAGCUUUUUGAAUCUUUGCUACCUACUUUAACUUUUUUGUCAGAAGUAACUGAAUCACUUUUGAAAAAUUAUGACAAGGAUUGCCUGCAAAUUUUCCUCGAAUUAAACGUUUUAGAGACGUUACAGAACAUCUUGCCUCUCUCGCAAAUAGAAGAUUUUUCUUAUAUGAUUGUAAAAAACUGGUUGAAUGUUUUGGUUUUCAAAUUUUGUGUUAAGUUAGAGGGCGUGAAACAAAUUCGUGAAUUACAAACACCCGACAACAAAUUAUUUUUUACUAUCAUGAUCUCCGAGCUGGAAAAAGUACAUACAAGAUUUGUUUUGAAAAUAUGUCAUCAUGCUCAGACCCUAUGGAGUUACAGUUCCACGCGGUUACCGAUGUGCGUUAGAGGAGGCGAGAAUAUUGAAUUUCAGAAUCAAAUGCUGAUAAUUCAGCUAAUGCCUGUAUUGCUAUUAACUUGCCAAUUUUUGGGUAACGAAAAGGCCAGUUCUGUGAUGCUCAACGACGACUAUCGGAGAUGUUAUAUUCACAAAUGGGUAACGAUAAGCGCAAUCAGAACCAUUAAAAUAUGUUUCAAAUGGAAAGAACUACUUGAAAAGAAAAAAGAUCUCAUCGACGAUGCUACUUUUAGUUUUCAAUUGAUACUUAAAUCUAAAAAGCUUUUGAAUCGAGAAAAGGCGGCAAUGUUCUUUCAACCCCUAGUUUAUUGCUUAAGAGAUAGUUUAACCCACUGUGAACUUCAUCCUGAGGUUAAAUCAUGCCCAAGAUUUAUACGAUUUUUGGAUUCACUAAUAGAUACUCUUAUAGACGUUGUGACAACUUUUGAUAUUACAUGGAAGGAUAGCAUAGAAACAAUUUCGGUUUUAAAAUUAGCAUGUGAAUUUUUGAAUUAUCCCCUUCUGUGUAAUAAGUUAGUAGUUAAGGGACUUAAACUUUUAGACAUGGCUAUUUCAAGAUACAUGUCUCCAGAUAUGGUUUUACUGAUGGACAAUCACAGAGAUUCAGUAGUGGCUCAGACAGGGACUUUGUUGUAUGCCAAAUGUCACGACGGUUCAUGGGAAAUAAGAGAUAGUGCCUUAGAAGUGGUUUAUACCUUAUCAUCUAAUGCCCAUUCAAAAUAUCCUGCGUUUAAAAACAUUCUCUUAGAUGUAGAGCUGCCACAAUUGGUCUUGAAAAUGGCCUUAAAUGAUGGGGAAUAUUAUGUUAGAGCUUCAGCUGUAAAAUGUUUACAGGAAUUAAUACAAUCAUCAGAAAUCUGGGAAUUGUAUUUAAAUAUGGAUCAUUUCUGUGAUGAUAUAUUGGAUAUCUUUCAAAAAGAGACAGAAGGCAUAGUUCGAAAAGAAGCAGCUGAACUUAUGUACAAAAUUGUAAAAUUUUACGAAUUUCCAGAAGAAACACAGCACAGGUUACAUGAUGUAAUGACCUAUGCUGCAACUGGUGAUUUACAUUGGGAAGUUAAACUUUACUCAUUGAAGUUUUGGUUUAAAAUGGUAGAGAAGUUGCUGAUGGACGAAGGUAUGAUAGAUAGAAAAUUUCCCUCAGUGACAUUUUCAAAAGAGCACAGGAAAAUUGUAACUCUAAACGACGUUGAGGUUAAGAGACGCAUCAUCAAAGUUUUGAACCAAUUGAGUGACAUUGGAUGUUUAGCAGUUUUAAAGGAUGCGGUUGAAGACGAAUGUCAUAUUGAAGUGUCACAGGCAGCUACUGAUUUUACUAGAAGGCUUCUUGAUUUAUUUAAGAAAUAUAAGGUUACUACAGAAAAUGUUGACUAUCCAGUAAAACAACGUAAUGAAGAGUCAAAUCCUAGUUGUUCAUCUGUGCCACCAACACCUUCAUCUCUUAGUUCAGGAAGUUUGGAGAGUCCUUCUCAGUUUUCAGAGCCUUCGCCAUAUCCUGAAGUAUUUAAUGUUCCAUCAACGCCAUGUAACGCUUCCUCAGAGUUAGGAAUCAUCACCCCUCCGAAUUCGGUAUGUGGGCAGAAUAAUCGGUCAAAAAGCAACAGCGAUUCUUUACCUCCCACUGAAGCAACUGAUGACUUAAUGGGAAAAGAAGCGGAAGUCUUUACCGAUUUAACUAACGUCACACCAAUGAUAUACGAGAUAAAUGCUGAUAAAAGCGACUCCUCAAACGCAGAUAAAAUUUUAGAGGAUUUGUUGAAUUCUAACGACAUGGCCUUGUUGCAGGGGAUUUAUAGCCCUACAGAUGAACCGAAAACCACAUCAAUACAAAUCAAGAAAAAAUCGUACUUACCUCCAUCGGAAUAUUUGAAUUUUAUUUUUAAUUCUCCCCACUGUAGUAAAGCUGAACAAACAAAAACAUCGCAAAGCGUGGAUGAAUUUGAUUCACUUUUAGAUGAUAUUUUAGAAGAAUAUGGCACUUCAGAUGUUAAUAGUAUGGAUUGUUAUUAAGGUAAUAUAUAUAUAAUUAUUCAGGGAUGCAGCUAUAUUUGUAAAUAUAAAUAUUUUUGUUAUUGUUUUUAAUAGGUUUAAGAUAGUUGAUCACACUGUAAUGCAAUUAAAGUUUCACAAAUAUCUAGUUUAAGUAAAAUGAGACUUUGUAAAUCUAACCAUAAAAAUCCUUACACGUUUUGUUAAAACUGAAUAUAUGUUCAGAAAAUCGCUGUUUGUCAGACUUCUUUACUACAGAAUGUUCUGAUUAUAAAAUUUAAACAUUAUUAAAUUUAUUAUCAAAUAUCUCUAAUAACAUUUCCAUUAAUUGCAGAUACGUUUUUAUGUUAAUUGUUAUUGUUAUGGUUAUUUAUAAUAGUUUCAUUUAUCCAUAUUCUUUAAGUUUAACAAAUGGUCAGUUUUAUUGUAAAUUAUAAUUUUACAUACUUUAUACUUAAAUAUAGCAUAUUUGCAUAAUUACAA